UAAACAUUAAGAUUAUAUUUUAGAAAUGAGCAGCCAAAAUACAGAAGGCGACGAAGAAGUUUCAGAAUUUUUUAGAAAUGUUCAAGAGAUAAGUGAAAAAGAAUUAUCCUCAUCGGAAGUAAUGGACAAACUAAAAACCUUGGAAGAUUCAGUUGGUCUUAUAUUACAACAACUUAAAAAAUUAGAAAAAUCAAACGAAGCACCAACAGGAUCAAUAUCAACAGCACCCCUGGCAAAUAUUUCAGAAGCACCAACGGGAUCUGCAUCAAAAGCACCAUUGGCAGUUGUGUCAGCAGCACCCCUGGCAAAUAUUUCAGAAGCACCAACGGGAUCUGCAUCAAAAGCACCAUUGGCAGUUGUGUUAGGUAGUGGGUUUAGCAUACUUAUACAGUUUUAUAGCACCCCUUGCAGUUAUUUCAGAAGCACCAUUGGCAUCAGUGUCAGCAACACAUUCUUCAGUUGCAACAGCAUCUUGGGAGAGUUUCCUUUUAUAUCGCUCCCAGCACCCAGGCCCAUUAUCACAGAGGGCCUUCUUCCGGUGGUGCCAAUAUGGGGGAGAUGAUCCCUCCUUUAGAUGGAGGAGACAGACCCCAUAUGGGGCCACCGGUAGGAGGAGUGGUGCUGGGAGGCAGAAUGACCAAAGGUCAAACAUUAUGAAUUUUUAUCAGUAGUUUUUUUUUUUUUUUUUUGUGUUAAU